AAAAAAAUCAUCGCUUCGUCGGUUCCAGAAUUUGAUGCGCGCGCCUUUAGUAUUCCAUGUUUCUAAACAUGGCAGGUCGAAGUGGAUACGAUGAUGUUAAUCCCAGGGAUUAUGGAGGCGGCAGGAGAACUCUUGGUGGCCGCCCCCUACCCACGGAACCUCCAUACAAAGCUUACGUCGGGAAUUUGCCCUCUGGAAUUAUCCAGGGUGACAUAAAUAGAAUUUUUCCGGAUCUGGCAAUAAAAAAUGUGAGGUUGGUUAUGGAUAAAGAAACGGAUCUGUUUAAAGGCUUCUGCUAUGUGGAGUUUGAAUAUUUGGAAGAUUUGAUAAAAGCAAUUGAAAUGAAUGGCGCUCUUAAUGUAGAUGGUAACUUUAUUAAAAUUGAUGUCGCUGAAGAAAAAAGAAGUGAUCGGGGAGGUUUCGACCGUGGCCGGCGAGACGGCGGCCGGGACGGUGGGCGCGAUGGUGGCCGGGCGGGAGGCGGCGGCGGCUUCAGGCGGGACGGCGGCGGCGGCCGCGACCGUGAGCGAGGAGGCGGCGGUGGCGCUGGCGGUGGUGGUGGUGGCGGCGGUGGCGAGCGAUGGGCCGAACGUGGCGACCGAGACGGCGGUCGGUCGUCCCGCGGUGCCAGCGAAGAACCGCGCCCCGGCGACUGGGGCCGCAUGGGCCGCUCCGCUGCACCUGCGCCGCGUCAGCCCCCGGCGCGUAGAAACUUCGAAGACAUGCCGCCUUCACGUCCAGGGAGCUCGGACACAUCAGGCAGACCGAAGUUGAAGCUUGAGCCACGGACUGUUAAAGAGCCUGUGAACUCACUGGCGUCGACCAGUCAGGCGCACUCGAUAUUCGGCGGCGCCCGGCCGAGGGAAGAACGACUCAAGGAACUGGCGGGCGAAUAAACGCUCUAACAAUCCCCUCUUAUACCGCGUACUCUUAUCUCCCGGUCCCGUGUGUAUAUGUAUCAUCCCGAAGCCCGCUGCCGAUCCCUAUGUGUGCCCGAUAUUAACAGUCUCUUCUCUCAUUGAAUGCAGUGCGAAAAAUGUUAUAUGAACUGCAAACAUUUUGUUAGGUUAUAUGAGGUUGUAAAUCAUUUUUAAAGUAUAUUUUCUUAGCUUUAUUAUGUGUAUCGAAAGAUAGCUUCUUAUUGUUUUUGCGCUGACCCCGCCUCGUUUUCGAGCCCGGGCGCGCGCGUUGCGUCGCUUGAUUAAUCCGCAGUAUUUAACGAUUAAAUUGCUAGUAUGUAUAGUUUGUCUCAUUAUAAGAUUUAUCCGGGCUUGUGUGUACAUACGAUAUCGGCUCGCAUAAUAUUAAUUAAUUUUUCGAAAUUAGACAUGGAAGAAACAUAUUUUUUGUUCCUCAUUUUUUGGUUGUAUUUGUAUUGAGAUAUUUGAAAUAUUGUAAUAAUUAUUUUAUUUUUAUUAUAUAGCAAUGUAUCAAUAGAGGUCAUAAUUGAUUCUCUGUUGUAUUUGUUUUUUUUUCAUUUAUUAAUUGUUUAGUUUGUUAGGUCAUGAAAAAUUAAUCAUUGAAUGAGUAAUUAUGAUACAUAAUUUAAGAGUUGAUUAAUAUGGUGAUGUAAUUACGGUGUCAUUAAUAAAAUUAACUUCCACGUACUUGAAUUUCUACUUUAUUACAUAAUUGUGUAAUGGCAAGUAACGUGGCCAAGAAAUGAAAAAAAAUCGCAAAAAUGUAAACAGAACAUAGAAAAACGAAUAAAAAGUGA